GCUAGCAGAGCUGAGUUGGGAUGCACACAUUGAAUGAAAGUCAGUACAGCAGACUGGUCAUCAGAAAGAAUAUCUGCACACAGUGGAGGUUUCACACAGUGUAAAGAACAGGGACCUGCUGUGGCUGUGUCAGCAGAGAUAAGCUCACACACUGCCAAAAAAAAGCUGAAGAUAUUUGUGAAAGAGUGAGGAGCAGGCAGUGUGGCAAUGCAGCGGGUCACGGCACGGCUCGUCGCUGGGCUGGUCGCAGCGGUGCUGUCGCUGCUGGCAGAGCAGUGUUGGGCGGAUGGCGGGGGCCCCAGCCUCGCUGAACGGGUUAUUUGGGCUGUAAAUGCCGGGGGAGAAGCUCAUGUAGACGUGCACGGUAUUCAUUUCAAGAAGGACCCUCUAGAAGGAAAAAUUGGUAAAGCAUCUGAUUAUGGGGUGCGUCUGCCAAUCCUGCGUUCCAGUCCAGAAGACCAAAUUCUGUACCAGACAGAACGUUACAAUGAGGACACUUUUGGAUAUGAUAUUCCCAUUCGUGAGGAAGGAGAUUAUAUAUUAGUAAUGAAGUAUGCGGAAGUUUACUUCGCCCAAUCACAACAAAAGGUGUUUGACGUUCGUCUAAAUGGUCAUGUAGUAGUAAAAGACUUGGAUAUCUUUGAUCGAGUGGGCCACAGCACCGCUCAUGAUGAGAUAGUCUCAUUUUCUAUUCGACGUGGCAAGCUCAGCGUGCAGGGAGAGGUGUCUACUUUCAAUGGCAAGCUCACUGUGGAGUUUGUUAAGGGAUAUUAUGACAACCCCAAGGUCUGCGCUCUCUAUGUAAUGAAAGGAACAUUAGAAGACGUACCAAAACUUCAGCCUCACCCUGGUUUAGAAAAGCAUGAGGAGGAGGAGGAAGAAGAGGAGGAGAGUGAGGGAGGCGAGGAAGGUGGGAAGAAAAAGCUUCCUACAGGUUCUAAGUACAGGGUCCAGUCAGGCCCCCGAACACCAAACCCAUACGCAGCCGACAACAGCAGCCUAAUGUUCCCAAUCCUUGUGGCUUUCGGGGUGUUCAUCCCCACGCUGUUCUGCCUAUGUCGGCUGUAAGAGGACACUAGCUACCAUGGAGACGUCUGGAGGACAAAAUAAUACGUGAGACUAUGAAGAGAGAGGGGGAGAGCGAAAGGGGAAGGGGUCAAAGUGACAAAAGCAGCACAGGUAAAAGCAUACACACAGGAGAAGCCGGCGGAUUAAAGCAAAUCAUAACGACUGAAGACAAAAAAAAAACAGACAAUAACUUUUUUGGAAAGCCACUGCAUUGUGAGGUAGAAGCUGCUGCCGUUGAGGAAAAAGAAAAGGAGAUGUAGGAAGCGUAUGCUGCGUGCUCCUUUGUGAAUGUGUUUUGCAUCCACCUCUGCUGACCCUUUUUGAACAAUGUUGGUAAUUUUUUCCACUUGGCAGGAUUUACAGAUGCCAGCCCAUUUCAGCAGCUAACGGAUGCUCAGGAGUGAUUCGUCUGGGCCCAUUUUAUAAACAAAACAUAGUUGCUUUUGUACUGGGUGUAGCAAGGAACCACACUUACAUUAACACUCCUGCUCAGCAUCUGGUCAGACAUGUUAACCUUAAAAUUGGAUGAAAAUGAUGCUGCUUAGAAAAGAAAUCGGAUAGUUAGUGGGAAUGCCAGUAAAAGAGGCUCCUAGGUUGUUGUUUUUUUUUCCCUGUUUGUUGCAUUUUUGUGUCUUUCAACUCUGAUCUAGUUAGUCCUACAUCAUUGACGUGCCAUCAUUGAUUUCCAUAAGAUGCUGAAAGAAGAAUGAUAUUGCUAUUGAUCCAACCUUUCAGCUGACAUGUUUCCUUGUCAGCUGACUGCUCGCCUUUACAGACACAUAGGUUGGAUUUUGCAAAUUUGCUAUUGACGUGGUAAUUUGUUUCACCGAAUACGGAUUCAGGACCUCUAGUGUCCUCAGCUUUUACAAAAUCCAAAUCCUAAUGGGAUUUAUGUUUCUGGUCAAAAGACAUUGAUGAAUGCAUCUAGUGAAAGGCAAAGUUUAUGCUGACGUUUGGUCAAAGCUCAAGUUAGUAUCAUUACAUUACUACAUUUUAUGUUCUUUUUAGCUUUUAUAUUCAUUUGUUACACCUGCCUUUUGUCUCACCAAAGAGCUACUCUUAAAAAAAAAAAAAAAAAAAAAAAAAAAAAGAAAGGAAAUUGCCUGUUUAAUUUGACGAACAGUGUAUUUGGACCUCUGAGAGAAUUGGUGUAAAGGAAUAAGGGUUUUUGCCUUUUUAUAUCUGUAGCUAUACUGGGGGAAACUUGCGAUUGUUUUUUUUCUUACAUGGCUUUUUGUCAUAAAUCUAUGUUUCUAAUUUAAAAACGAUGAUUUUACUCUCUCCUGGCCAUGAAUUUCUGUACUUCUGUUGUUUUAAACUGAGGGAACAGGCUGCUGCAGCUCAGUGUUAAUAUAAUAAAUCAUAAGAAUCUGUGCCAGGUAAUUUUUUCAUACAUCCACCAAAUUUCUCUCUACUUACCACAAGUUCAUCCACCUGCAGCAAGAGAUAAGAAAGCACAACGUUUCUGUCGAUAAGAAAACAAAAGUUUACUCAACUUGUUAACUUUCACUCAGCCUUUUCACAGUUGUUGUCUUAAAAUGUUAGUCUGUUUUUUGUUUCUGUCAGUGCCAUUAAGCUAAUCGAUCAAGCCAACUGGGAAAAAAAAAUGUAAUGUUUGAGCCUUUUUUAUUUUUUUGUCCACAUUGACUGUGUUUUAAUUUGAAGUCUUGGCCUUUGGAUAAUUAUAUCCCUUUUUUAUUUCAAUGAGAAUGAAAUGAAAAGCAGCUUUAUUCUCAUUAUUAGUUGAGUCGUGCUGUGAACCUUCCUAUGUAUGUAUCUUGUUACCUCCCUUAGGUGCUCAGUUCUGCUCCAAGGACGGUUUUGUAACUUUGCCUGUUUCACUAAUGCGUCUUAAAUGUCUCCCCAACCCCCUACCAGUAUCGCUCUUACCAUAGGCAAUACUUGGAAAACGGUUAAAAAGUCAGGGUUUGUGUCUCUUUUCUCACUUCUUGAUUCUCUUUCCUAUUUCUGAUUGAGCUAAAAGUUAGUGCCAGAAGAUUUUUUGAUCUGUAGUCGGCAGUUUGGGGGAUAUUUGUUGUUUUUAUUUAAGACAUAUAAGCACCUUCUUUCCUCCUGAAAAGAUGCAACAACUUGAUUUGAUUCAGCACCAAAGUCAUCAUGUUCUGUUCCUUUUCAAGUCUACACAGUCGCGUGUGUAUAUAAGGUACAAGAUCACACUUUUUUAUUGUGUGACAACUGUUGUUCUCAUCACUUUUGUGUUGUAGUUGAGGUGUUAGGGUUUAUAAAUUUUUUUGUGAGGACUGUGGCCUUUCUUCUGGGGAGGAACGGUUGUCGGUACAGAGUUUAAAUUAAAAAAAAUAAAUAAAUAAAUCAACAGGCAGCCAGAUGAACUGUCUGUAAGUCAAAUAAAUGAGAUUAUUUCUGAAAAUGUGGGAUCUUCCAUUCUAUUAUAUAUAAUUUAAAUCAGAGUGGGGCUGAUCUGGAGAUAUUUUAUAAUCUGCUUGGAUUUGUAUGUUUGUGUUUUUUUUUCUCCUCAGGAUCUGUUUUGUUUGAAUUUUUAACGUGAUAUUUUAUUGGUGUGACCUUUUGCACUGCCUCAUGUAUUUUAAAAUCAUGUCAUUUUUUUGUGUGUUUGUCUUUGUUGCCUUGAAUUAUUGAAUACAUUGUGCUUUACCAUCAUCCGCCUUGAGGUCACUCUUCUGUUGGCUUGUGUCAAAAAAAUGUCUUCUCGGAACAUCCUUCCUUCCCUCCCACUCCCACCUUCCUUUUUCUUUUUUAACUCAUGUUUCAAGGCUAGAUUUUCAUUCCACAUAAGCAGCUAGUGUUAGGAGUUUGUGUCUGUCAGCAGAUUACAUCCUGAGUCUGCUGUUAACCUCAGCUUUUCUAGGAGCAAAGCCAGUCACAAAAACUAUGAAAGACAUUGUAAGAACUGUGUAAAAUUCAUGUCCAGAAAACAGUCUCAUGUAUUAAGCUCCUUACCAGCCUUUUUGUCAGACAUGUAAUUGCCAGUUCACCUCACAAUUUUCUGAAACUAGAGUGGAAUGAAGGUCUCGUCUCAGAGUUAAGUUUCCAUUUUGUUUUGUUUUUUUUUCCACAAGAACCAAAGAAGUGCUGUCAUUCCAUCCACAUUCUAAUGGUGUUCUUUAAAUGACAAUUAAGGUUCUUUAUUUCUCCAUCCUUUCUUUGCUUGUGUGGUAAAGCAGGGGAAGCAAACGUGUCAUGUUUUGUAAUUAUACUUGUCACCACUGAUUAUUCCCCUCCCACAAAAUCCAAUCUAUUCUAAGUCUUUUCAGUGUCACCCAGAAAGAGUCAUUUUAAUUAAUGUUAGAUUUUUUUUUGCCUGAUGCUAUCUCCUUUUCCUCACUCUCAAAGUAAACACAAAAGAUCAAUUCGACCUAAUUUGAACAGAAGAACAUCGGCCGACUUUUCCACCGGUCUACAGACCAAUAAAACAGGCCUGCCAUCGAUCACUCUGUGCGAGUGCGUGAAACAGUGAGUGUGUGCUUCAUUUGAUUAAAGAAUAUUACUGUAUGACAUCGAUGCUCUUCUGAGGGCUACAGGCAGCAGCAGGUGGACUGAGAAAUGUAUUCAAGACCCCUGAACUUACUCAGAUGUGGCAUAUAUCUGCUAAAUGGCAAAUUCUGAUAAAUGCUGUCUCUUUUUAAUAAAUGUGCUAUUUUAUCAGAA